UCGCAAUUCAUUCAGCACUGUCUAACAAACAGCUCCUGUUUGAAUUCAUGAAUUCUGAUGAUGGAAAUCUUUUUUUCUGUUCUUCGCUUUUCCAGUUCCACAGUCAAAGGGCCCCCUGGCUCGACUCGUCCGCAUCUCCUGAGCAGUGAAGACAAGGCUGCAUCACCUCAGGAGAAUAUUAAUGCGGAAGUCAAAAGAUGACUCGCUUCCGUAUCUUCACGGGUCCGUCACCAUGUGAUACCUUCGGACGACUACAGCAUCUAUAUUGUACCUUUAACGAGUCCUUCAAGUUAUGACUGUUCUCCUUGCGAACAGAUCUGGCCUCUGGUCCGGUUUGCUCGUCAAAAUGCUGUCGUCAUCCCCUGCCUUGAUCGAUACGUUUCUAUAUAUCAGUCACUGCCCAUCAUGCUCCUCGGCAGUGAUCAGAGUGUCUGACUGACAGCCAGGAAACGAGUGCCAUCAUUUCAUCUUUCACUACCACUACCACUACCCUGAGUCACCUCUGCCUGCUAUCCAAAGUGCCCAUAUUCUGAUAUCUACCUUUUCCCACAACCCUUCCUCUUAUGCAUCCCACAGAGCACAGUCCAAGCCAACCUGGGGGUUUUGGCUGUUGUCCCAAAUGUCUCCUUCCAACCCAGCAGGGCCGCCAUCCUACAAAUCAUCCGACAUGAGCCCUUCCGAACCUACCAGACAAAUACAUCCAAUGUACGUCCUCGACCCGGAGACGCAUACCGAAGCCCUCCCCUAUCGCCCAAGCCACCCGACAAGCCUCGAAAAGAUCUACCGUCGAGCAUGCUGUGGAUCACCUGGUGGUAUCUUGCUCUGGGGGUUGGGCCUUUUGGCUGCGAUCGUCGUCCCAAUCGUGGUUCUCUACGCCCGCGGAAAUCUCUCGCACAACGCAGCAAAUCCCGGGCCCGUAGCCGCGGCUGAGACAACGACCCCGACCUCAUCGACAUUGAUUUCAACCGUAACAGACACAGCACCAGCAAGCACUCCCACACCACCAUCAACCACAACAUCGACAUUUCUCACCAUUUCUACCACUACGACUACACUCACUUCCAUCUCCACCGACACGGCCGUAAGCACAGAAACAGCCAUCACGACAGAAACCACAGUUUCGGUCUCCGUUUCCACCAUGACCUACUCACCACCUAUUCCAUCGACUGUGAUGACGACAAUUCUUGUAACCACCACCGCCACCUCUACUGCCACAACAGGAACUACCGCGCCAACGUUCGUCAUUUCGGUCGCCGAGUCCAAAGACCCCGCGGGGGCCACGGUUACAGUCAAAGAAUCGCCAUCAUCGUCAGCAUCACCAUCCUUAGUGACCUCUUAUUCGACAACAAUCACGACACUAAGUCCCAGUAGUAGUUUCCACGGAGUCAUGACCACCCGCUUCCUCACGCCAGUCACGGGCCCGCUUCUUCACCCGAGCAAUGUUGACACAGCCACAGCUCACCUCGACGCUGGAUCAAGGGAACCAGAACCAGUACCGUCAUGUUUCGCUGGAAAUUGUGCAAAGAAACAAGGACCUAAUAAAGCAUGCUCCGGGUCCUCGACAGACAUGCAAUGCCAACAGAUCUGCCGCGAAACCGAGGGCUGCGGUGAUUUGACUCUGCUGGUAUGGCAGGACUCGAAAGUGUGCUGUGAGUAUUGCGAGUGCUAGCAUACUAGUAUUUCGACAUAAGGGCGGGUACCCAGGUAGUUUGUUUGACAUCUACAGUAGCUUCCAGCCUGAAUGAUGGGGCAUAACUCCUUGAAUAAUAUGAAUGAUCAAGACGUAAAUCGGGAUAACAUUUCAUGGACCAUGGUUAGCGACUUACGAGACCCUA